CUCGUAAUGGUGAAACAAUAACGUAUCGUGACUACUACAACAAGUCCACCCACAGCGAGGCAUUUUUAUCAUAAAUCUAGAUACAGUCGGAAGAGGAAACUUAAUAGAGAUGGAGGAAGGAGAGACCGUACCGAUAUUUUCCAGAAAAGAGCUACGUAAGCAGAAGCUGAUGGAAUUCCUGGCAGCAAAAGUAAAGCUGGGACAGCCCAACCCUAAGCCAAACCUCCGUGAUGACUGUCAGGUUAAGAAGCCUGUGACAUCUGUGCUAAAGACUGUUACUGGAAAAGAGAACAAGGGGCCACCUAACAGAUUUAGCCAUGAACGCAUAAAAGUUUCAACUCUGGCUGCUCAAUCCUCAACACAUCCUGCCAAAAGAGUAUUUGAUGUCAAUAAAAAAGUAAACGUAAAAGGCAGGAUCCUGACUAAUCGUCCGUCUGCAGCCAGUGGCCCAGCAUUUCCAAAACUUAAUCCUGUGUCUUCUAAAUCCGGCCUGAAUGCAGUUAGCCAUCCCAAAAAGCAGCCAAACACAGGAAUACAAACUUCAGGCAGAGCCCCUUCAGAUGCAGCUCGUAGAGCUGUGACAUUCAGUAGUCAGUCAAAUGCUGCCAGGUCACGUGAAAUGAAGAUGGUUAGUGUCAGGAUGAGUCUCGGCCCUCUUGUCAAAACAAAAACUGGACUAAUUCCUGCAGUGACUCAGCCAAGAAACAGUCAAAGUCAAAACUUAACAAACACUGCUGCCACCACCACCAGUUCUGUUGCUAGCAAGGUGCGAUCCAGCACUUCAUCAUCAGUCUCUGUUUCCAAGAAGUCGACCAUAAGGAAAACAUUACCUACCACUGCUCUAAACAACCCUAUUCAUGAGAGAACAACUGUUUCUUCAACUGCAAGAGCUGGGAUUAAAGUUCAAGAUCAGAACAAGUCUAACUCUAAACCACUUAUGGGUAAGCAUUUUCAGCCAUCUUGUCAGAGUCAAUUAGCAAGUGGACUGAGAUCAACAUCCAGCUCCUCCAGGUUCACAGCAGCACCCAUUAAGCCAGAGUGGAGACCAGGGAUGUCAGAAACUAAUAAAUCAGCUGGACAGCCCACAGACAGGUCUACAAACCUGAGAUCUGAGAGAGAGGGGGAGAAAAAUGGCCAAUCAUGCAAAGUCGCCUCUCGAACAUCCUCGGGGCCAGUGAGCAGGUGGAGUUCCAGAGUGGUCAGCAAGGGUGUGCGACCUGCUGUGGCUGAGCUGGGAGGGAAACCCAAGACGUGUAAAGAGACAGACAGCAAGAAGGGACACAGUUCAGCAAAUGGUCCACCUCCACAAACGAAUAGAAAAAAAAACAGCGCUCCAGUGAUGUCACAGACAGUGCCACGGCCUGCCAGGACCAUCAACUAUACAGGCCAGGCCAUAGACAUGAAGACGGCAAAGGUUCCAGUCAAGGUCAUUCCCCAGACUGAGCAAAAGAAACUGAGUGCUGCCCAGGAGGAAAGAAUGAAAAAACUGAAGGAAUGGAGGGAAGCCAAAGGCAUUUCCUACAAGCGUCCCCCAAUGCCUGUGAAACCUCAGGUCAGACACACUGUGGCCGUGCCCCAGCCUUUCUGGGCCACCAUGAAGCAGGAAGAUGAUGCCCAUGCCCUCAUCUCUGCUGUGGACAGAUCUCUGGCUGACUGCAUCAAAUUGCUUGAAGAGGGUUGCCCCCCAGACCAGGUGAAGGAGGUCCUCUCACGGCUGCCAGUGGUGUCCCAGAAGUUUGCCAAAUACUGGAUCUGCCAGGCUCGCCUGAUGGAGCAAGAUGGCAACCUGGAUGUCCUGCCCAUGUUUGAAGAGGCUGUUGGUGUUGUGUUGGAGCCGGUGGAUGAGCUGCGGACUGUGGUGUUUGAGAUUCUGAAGAAAAAGGACGACAUCCAAGCAUCUGAAGAAAAUGAGAAAGAGGACGACCAGAUACCAACAGGUGAAAGCACUCCAGAGAAUAUCAACAACCCAAUGAUGACUCCUAAACCUGUCAGAGCCUUCAUAUGUGGGGAGAAAGGAGAUUCAUCUGUGGUCAAGUACAAGAUCACAGCAACUCCUGGUGGCCAUCCAAGUCAACAGAAGGAACCGGCACGGGUCAACGGCCAAGAGGUUCGCUUCUUCACCCCAGUUAGACGCUCAGUGCGAAUUGAGAGAGCCUCGCUCCGAUACCCUGCAUCCCUGCAGGACCAUGAUCUGUGCGUGGCCUCGUACAAUGACCUAAUGUCUGACGAGGAUAAAGAGACAAGUAAAGAACAGCAGAGCGGGGAAACCAGCCCGACUGCUAACGACACACCAAUGUACGUCUACAGACAGAACGAAGCACUUAAAGACAAGGUGUUCGUCCAGCUAGUCUGCAGCGAAGAUGUUUAGCUUUAGGUGUUUACUUUGUCUCCACCAGUUUGUAGUGGAGACAAAAUUCAGAUGUUCAGCAUCUGUCACUGUUCAUAUGAAAAAGAAAGAAAGAGAAAGUGUGCGCAUACUUUGGUGUUGUCAGAUCUCACCCUUUCCCUGAAAAGAUGCUUCUUUUUCCUUCUGAGGAGAGAACGUGACAUUCUAGGUAAUGAGCUGUUUUCUAAAGUUAGGUAGUUCUCCUACUUGCUUAUAGAGAACUUAUUUGGUUUAUCUUUUUGGUCCCUGUAUUAUUUUAUUCCUUUGAAUAAUGUGGUGUAAAUAUGAAUGUAAAAUAAAUGGCUGUUUUUUUUAAACCUA